GGCAAGGAUAUUUUUCUAACAUUCUUUUCCAAAGUACCCCAAACAUCUAUCUCCUUACUCGUAUCAUAAUCCAACAAUGCACGCAACAUGCUUGCUUUAACAUUUGUUUAGUUUUUUCUUUUUUCUUUAUUCCCUUAUUUAUUCAUCAUUUGCAUGGCUGCACAGAUUACUCCUCCUUCUUCAUCUUCUUCUUCACUUGCCUUCUCUUCUGAAUUCAAUGUUUGGAAGCCAAUGAGAUGUUGUUUCUUUAAAUGGGUUUCUCAAGUUUGUCCCAGAAUCCGUCCAAGCAACCAUUUCCGGAUCAAAUCCUCUAAUGGACAUCCAUUAAAUGCUAUUUCUAUGCAGGGUGGUAUGGACGGUAGCCCUUUGGCGAAAGGGAUCAACCCUGAAGAACAAGAAGAAUUUUUCAUCGACAUCUUGGACAAAGAGGAAGCACUGUCUACACUCAGCAUAACUGUUGUUGGAGCUUCAGGGGACCUUGCUAAGAAGAAAAUUUUCCCUGCACUUUUUGCUCUUUACUAUGAAGAUUGCCUUCCUAAGAACUUUAUAGUUUUCGGUUAUGCUCGUACUAAACUCACAGAUGAAGAGCUCAGGAACAUCAUUAGCACAACUUUAACUUGUCGAAUCGAUAAGAGGGAAAAUUGUAAACAUAAAAUGGAGCAGUUCUUGAAGAGAUGCUUUUACCAUUCAGGUGAAUAUAAUUCCGAGGAGAAUUUUGCUGAACUAGACAGCAAGCUGAAAAAGAAAGAGGCUGGAAAACUGUCAAACAGGUUAUUUUACUUGUCGAUACCUCCAAAUAUAUUCGUGGAUGUGGUGAGAUGUGCCAGCAUGAAGGCCUCUUCAGCAAACGGCUGGACAAGGGUCAUUGUUGAAAAGCCAUUUGGCCGUGAUUCAGAGUCCUCGGCUGAGCUAACAAGAUGUCUGAAAAAGUAUCUAACUGAGGAUCAGAUAUUCAGGAUUGACCAUUACUUGGGUAAGGAGCUUGUUGAGAACCUCUCAGUGCUUCGCUUCUCGAAUCUUAUUUUUGAACCUUUAUGGUCAAGGAAUUAUAUCCGCAAUGUGCAAUUCAUAUUUUCUGAAGACUUUGGUACUGAAGGACGAGGAGGUUAUUUUGAUAAUUACGGGAUCAUACGGGACAUAAUGCAAAAUCAUCUGCUGCAAAUACUGGCACUAUUUGCAAUGGAGACCCCUGUCAGCUUAGAUGCUGAGGACAUUAGGAAUGAAAAGGUAAAGGUUCUGAGAUCAAUGAAACCAUUGGAACUAGAAGAUGUCAUCAUUGGUCAGUAUAAGGGCCACAACAAGGGUGGUAGAGCAUAUCCAGGUUACAUCGAUGACUCAACUGUACCUAAGAACAGUAUAACGCCUACAUUUGCAGCAGCAGCUUUGUUUAUCAAUAAUGCUAGAUGGGAUGGUGUCCCUUUUCUCAUGAAGGCCGGAAAAGCUUUGCAUCGGAAGCGGGCAGAGAUCAGAGUUCAGUUCAGACACGUUCCAGGUAAUUUGUACAAGCGUAAUUUCGGAACUGAUUUGGACAAGGCUACAAAUGAGCUUGUGCUGCGUGUGCAACCUGAUGAAGCCAUUUAUCUGAAGAUCAAUAACAAAGUUCCUGGUCUUGGAAUGAGAUUAGACCGCAGUGACCUUAAUUUGCUUUAUCGAGCCAGGUAUCCAACAGAAAUCCCAGAUGCAUAUGAGAGGUUGCUCUUAGAUGCUAUAGCAGGGGAGCGAAGGUUGUUCAUUAGAAGCGAUGAGCUCGACGCUGCUUGGUCACUGUUUACGCCAUUGUUGAAAGAACUUGAAGCAAAAAAGAUUGCUCCAGAGCUAUACCCUUAUGGGAGCAGAGGACCCGUCGGAGCACAUUAUCUUGCAGCCAAGUACAAUGUCCGGUGGGGUGAUCUCGGGGGUGAAGACGACUAGUGCUCCAAAAGUAUCAAACAAUUGAAUCCUGUAUACUCAUUGUAAACCAUAGCAGAGCUGUUUCGUUCAAGUGUGUCGUGCAUUUCAAGUGAUACUUGUAUUCACAAAUCGAAAUCAUUAUUUCACAUGCUGAUGCAUUUGGCAUGUAUCAAAACUGAAGAUGUGAAAACUGUUAGUAGUCUGCAAUUAUACUUAAUCAAUUUAAUACACCAAGUUUUAGUUUAAUAUGCAUAAA